GUCUUGACGCGCCGACAAUGGCGACUGCGUCAAUCUGAGCGGGCCUCCAUUCUCAAGUCGUUUUCUGACGUUGCCUCGGAGCUGCAGUCCUCUGAGACCCGGUAGGCGGUGGCGGAGGCGCGUGUGCGCGCUCUCGCCGCACCCUGGAUCUAGUGGCUGCUGUGAGGUCGGGCGGAGUGAGCCAGCCUCAUCUCGGUCUCUCACCUGACUGGACUGUGCUCCUGGGCUAAGUCGGCAACAUGAGCGCUAACAGCUUGGAUGGGAGAGACGACUUUGAUGAGCAGUUGCGAAUGCAAAAAUUGUACGGAGACACCAAGGACGGAGACACCCAGAAAGAUCCUGGUGGAGAAACCAGUUCUUUGGGACAGCAGCCAGAUGACACCCCCUACGAGUGGGACCUGGACAAGAAAGCUUGGUUCCCCAAGAUCACUGAAGAUUUCAUUGCUACAUAUCAGGCCAAUUAUGGCUUUUCUAAUGAUGGUGCAUCUAGCUCUACUGCAAAUGUCCGAGAUGGUAAUGCUAGGCCUGCAGAGGAACCUCCACAAAGAAAAACCCCUGAACCCACUGAUCCCAAAAAGAGGGGAGAGAAGAGAAAGGCUGAAUCAGGAUGGUUUCAUGUUGAAGAAGACAGAAAUACAAAUGUAUAUGUGUCUGGUUUGCCUCCAGACAUUACACUGGAUGAAUUUAUACAGCUCAUGUCCAAGUUUGGCAUUAUUAUGAGAGAUCCUCAAACAGAAGAAUUUAAGGUCAAGCUUUACAAAGAUAAUCAAGGAAAUCUUAAAGGAGAUGGGCUUUGCUGUUAUUUGAAGAGGGAAUCUGUGGAGCUUGCAUUAAAAAUUUUGGAUGAAGAUGAAAUUAGAGGCUACAAAUUACAUGUUGAGGUGGCAAAGUUUCAACUGAAGGGGGAAUAUGAUGCCUCUAAGAAGAAAAAGAAGUGCAAGGACUACAAGAAAAAGCUAUCUCUGCAACAAAAGCAGUUGGAUUGGAGACCUGAGAGAAGGGAUGGGCCAUCCAGAAUGCGCCACGAGCGAGUUGUCAUCAUCAAAAAUAUGUUUCAUCCUAUGGAUUUUGAGGAUGAUCCAUUGGUGCUGAAUGAGAUCAGAGAAGAUCUUCGAGUAGAGUGUUCAAAGUUUGGACAAAUUAGGAAGCUCCUUCUGUUUGAUAGACACCCCGAUGGGGUGGCUUCUGUGUCCUUCAGGGAUCCAGAGGAAGCUGAUUAUUGUAUUCAGACCCUCGAUGGACGGUGGUUUGGUGGCCGUCAAAUCACUGCCCAAGUGUGGGAUGGGACUACAGAUUAUCAGGUGGAGGAGACCACAAGAGAAAGGGAGGAAAGGCUAAAAGGAUGGGAGGCUUUUCUCAAUUCUCCUGAGGCCAAUAAAGGUCUUCGGCGUUCAAAUUCCAUCUGUGCUUCAGAAAGGGCAGGGCCUUCUAGAGUAAGGCAUUUUUCAGAGCACCCUAGCACAUCUGAAAUGAAUGCUCAAGAAGCUGCAGCUCAAAUGGAAUUUGAAGAACUUAUAGAUGAAAAGAAGUUUGAAAAAACAGAAGAUGGGGGAGAACUUGAAGAAGAUGCUAAAGAAAGUGUUCUCAAAAAAGGGGCUGAAGAAAACUACCCCCAGAAAAAGUUUGAAGAAUGCUGCCUUGAAAGAAAGUCUGAGGAAGGCUGCCUCAAAAAAGAGUUUGAAGAGGGUAGUCCUAAAAAAGAGUCUAAAGUGAAUGGACCCAGAAGAGAAUGCAAAAACAAGCAGUUCAGAAAUGAUUUUGAAGAGAAUGGCCUUGAAAAAGAGUCUGAAGAAGAUGGCUCUAACAAGGAGUCUGAAGAAGAGAACAGUUCCCAAAAGGAGUCUGAAGAAGAUGUGUUGGAAAGAGAAUCUGAAGAAGACUGCUCUGAAAAGCUCUUUGAAGAUGGCUCUGAAAAAGAAUUUGAAGAAAAUGGCCUAAAAAAAGAGUUGGAUGAGAAUGGCUCUGACAAGGAGUUUAAUGGAAAUGUUCUCGAAAAAGAAUUAGAAGAAAAUGACUCUGAAAGAUCAGAAUUUGAUGAUGACAGCUCUGAAAAGGUGUUUGAUGAUGAAGGCUCUGAGAGAGAGUUUGAUGAAGAAUCAGAUGAAAAGGAAGGAGAAGAUACAUAUGAAAAAGUGUUUGAUGAUGAAUCUGAUGAAAAAGAGGAUGAAGAAGAUGAUGCAGAUGAAAAAGGAUUUGAAGAUGCUGAUGAAAAGGAGGAAGAAGAUGAUGCAGAUGAAAAGAUGUUUGAAUAUUUAGAUGAAAAAGAUGAUGAAGUAGAUGCAAAGGAGGAUGAAGAAAGUAUAGAUGAAAACAUGUUCGAAGAUGACGAGUCCAAUGAGAAGUUGUUUGAAGAAGAUUCCUGUGAGAAGUUGUUUGAUGAUUCCGAUGAGAAAGGGACUGUGGGUGCUUUGGGGAAUGUUCAGGAAGAAGGGGCCCUUUCCACGGGCAGCAGCUUUAUCCUUAGUAGUGAUGAUGAUGAUAUUUAAUCCCUUAAACUUGCUUUUGAGGGAAAUUCCUCCAUCUACAUUUAGCCUAUGCCCCAGGGUAAUUACUAGUAGUGUUAAUGAACAUUGUAUAGUGAUAGGAUGCCAUCAGAUUAAUGCAUUGACUUUUUCAUUGUUACCUGUACUUAAUGACUUUAAAUAUAUGUUAAUUGGCCAUUCAGCUAAAACUUUAUAGUAUAAUGCAAGUAAACUGGAUACUCGUCCUUUGUCAGAUUUGUUAAAUGCAUGCAGAAUAUUUU